AUGUCCCCGGCGGGUUUGCUGUCCGUUCUUGGCAAUGGCACCCGCCACCACGCAUCGGCUGGCGACCCCGAGAGACCACGGCACACCCGAGACAACGCAUCGGGGCGCGAUGAAAAAGAUCAUGGAAGCAACCCCACCAAUGACGGUGUUGCCCCGUAUUUUCUGGCUGACGUGCCUGCUCGUUGCUCGUUGCGAAGGAACUAG